CGUUGUGUAGCUUUUCCUAGACGAGCAUUGAAGUCUCUCCUUUCAGGGCAACUAGUCUGGUUUGCAUUGUGGCUGCUGCUGUUGCUGUGAUGUCAGAGUGAUUAUGGUUGCCUCUGUAGAUGAUUUUGAUCAAACAUGUCCUCUCUUUUGAUAUCUAGCCUAGUGUAUUGGUACUGUUCUAUUGUUAGUCGUGGCAAAAGGUGGAUGCCGGUUUUAAAGAACAAGAGAUACCUUUCCUUCUUUAAAGAUGGAGGAUUAGUUGGAAAGAAUGACAGAACUUGCAUCACUUGUUGUGAUUUCCCUCUCUUGUAGUCCUUACAACGCCUCCAUCACUGCCACCUCCAAUGCAGGCGUAUGCAUUUAAACCUCCCCCUCGACCUGAUUUCGGUACUUCAGGAAGAACAAUCAAACUGCAAGCCAAUUUCUUUGAAAUGGACAUUCCCAAAAUGGACAUCUACCAUUAUGAAUUGGAUAUAAAGCCCGAGAAGUGUCCUAGAAGAGUUAACAGAGAAAUAGUUGAACACAUGGUCCAGCACUUUAAAGCGCAGAUAUUUGGAGAUCGCAAGCCAGUAUUUGAUGGGAGAAAAAAUCUCUAUACAGCAAUGCCACUUCCAAUAGGGAGAGAUAAACAGGUGGAAUUGGAGGUCACUUUGCCAGGAGAAGGGAAGGACAGAAUAUUUAAGGUGGCCAUCAAGUGGAUGUCAGUUGUGAGUCUGCAGGCGUUGCAUGAUGCUCUCUCUGGUCGUCUUCCAAGUGUUCCUUUUGAAACCAUUCAGGCUCUUGAUGUUGUGAUGAGGCAUCUGCCCUCUAUGAGAUAUACUCCAGUGGGCCGUUCCUUUUUUACUGCAUCAGAAGGAUGUUCUAAUCCUUUGGGAGGUGGCAGAGAAGUUUGGUUUGGAUUCCAUCAGUCAGUUAGGCCUUCACUGUGGAAAAUGAUGCUGAACAUUGAUGUCUCUGCGACAGCAUUUUAUAAGGCACAGCCAGUAAUUGAAUUUGUAUGUGAAGUUCUUGAUUUCAAAAGUAUUGAAGAACAACAGAAACCUCUGACAGAUUCCCAAAGGGUUAAGUUUACCAAAGAAAUUAAAGGUCUUAAGGUGGAAAUUACUCAUUGUGGGCAAAUGAAAAGAAAAUACCGAGUAUGCAACGUUACCAGAAGGCCAGCAAGUCACCAAACAUUUCCCCUUCAGCAGGAGAGCGGUCAGACUGUUGAAUGCACCGUAGCUCAAUAUUUUAAGGACAGGCACAAAUUAGUAUUACGUUAUCCUCAUCUUCCAUGUUUACAAGUUGGACAGGAGCAGAAACACACAUACCUUCCCCUAGAGGUAUGCAAUAUAGUUGCAGGACAGAGAUGUAUUAAGAAGCUGACAGACAAUCAAACUUCUACUAUGAUUAGAGCAACAGCGAGAUCAGCCCCAGAUCGUCAAGAAGAGAUCAGCAAAUUGAUGCGAAGUGCAAGUUUUAAUACUGACCCUUUCGUUCGUGAAUUUGGAAUUAUGGUCAAAGAUGAAAUGACAGAUGUAACGGGGAGAGUGUUACAGCCACCUUCAAUUCUCUAUGGAGGCCGGAACAAAGCAAUUGCUACCCCAGUACAAGGGGUUUGGGAUAUGAGGAACAAACAGUUUCAUACUGGAAUUGAAAUAAAGGUCUGGGCCAUUGCUUGCUUUGCUCCCCAACGUCAGUGCACUGAAGUCCAUCUUAAGACCUUCACGGAACAACUGAGGAAGAUAUCAAGAGAUGCGGGAAUGCCCAUCCAGGGUCAGCCUUGUUUCUGUAAAUAUGCCCAGGGAGCAGACAGCGUGGAACCGAUGUUCCGCCAUCUCAAGAACACCUAUGCUGGCCUGCAGCUUGUGGUUGUCAUUCUGCCUGGGAAAACUCCUGUUUAUGCGGAAGUGAAGCGUGUUGGUGAUACCGUGUUGGGAAUGGCCACACAGUGUGUGCAGAUGAAAAAUGUGCAAAGGACCACCCCACAAACACUUUCCAACUUGUGCUUAAAGAUCAAUGUCAAACUAGGAGGAGUAAAUAACAUUUUAUUGCCACAAGGAAGACCUCCAGUAUUUCAGCAGCCUGUCAUCUUCCUGGGUGCAGACGUCACUCAUCCACCAGCCGGAGAUGGGAAAAAACCAUCUAUUGCUGCUGUUGUAGGCAGCAUGGAUGCCCAUCCGAAUCGCUACUGUGCCACUGUGAGGGUCCAGCAGCAUCGCCAAGAAAUAAUUCAAGACUUGGCUGCCAUGGUUAGGGAGCUGCUGAUCCAGUUCUACAAAUCAACCCGAUUCAAGCCAACACGGAUUAUUUUCUAUAGGGAUGGCGUUUCCGAGGGGCAGUUCCAGCAGGUUCUUCAUCAUGAAUUGCUGGCUAUCCGAGAAGCAUGCAUUAAGCUAGAAAAGGAUUAUCAGCCGGGGAUCACGUUCAUUGUUGUGCAGAAAAGACAUCACACCAGACUGUUUUGCACAGACAAAAAUGAAAGAGUUGGGAAAAGUGGAAACAUUCCAGCAGGUACAACCGUGGACACAAAAAUCACCCACCCUUCGGAGUUUGACUUCUAUCUGUGUAGUCAUGCUGGGAUUCAGGGCACAAGCAGACCGUCUCAUUACCAUGUUCUCUGGGAUGACAAUCGCUUCUCUUCAGAUGAACUUCAGAUCCUCACUUACCAACUGUGUCAUACGUAUGUGCGUUGUACUCGUUCUGUUUCAAUCCCUGCGCCGGCGUACUAUGCACACCUGGUUGCCUUCAGAGCCAGGUAUCAUUUGGUGGAUAAAGAGCAUGACAGUGCUGAAGGAAGCCACACUUCUGGGCAGAGCAACGGCAGAGACCAUCAAGCCCUCGCGAAAGCUGUUCAGGUCCACCAGGACACAUUGCGCACCAUGUACUUUGCUUGAUGUGGCCGUGAUUUGAGGAACUCAGUUCUGAGUUGGAUUCACAGGAGACCAGCUGCACUUAGACCAACAGUUGCCCAAGCUAUAGCGACAGCCAGCAAGGAGUGAUGCAUCUUUAUUUUUAAUUCGGGGGGGGGGGGAUGAUGGUAAUGAUGAUGAUUGUGAUUCUGUUUGCAAGAACGCCUUUCAUCCAGAAUUUCAGACUUGAGUGUGAACUGCAGACCUUUACAAAAUUGCACAGCUUUUAGAUGUGUGGAUUUGCCAAAAUCAAAAGCUGCUUGUCAGGAGAAAAGGAAAAAAAAAAAAAAUGAAAACCCACGUUUUCUAACUAACUUAGAGCUGUGAUCUCAGGGCUAAAAACAACACUUCUCGUUUUAGUUAUGACUUUUUCAGAUACACUUCUUUGUAAAAAUCUGAAAAAUAUCCAAUUAAGAUCAGAUUGAGCGGGCCUGGGAAAAACGAUGAAUUUGCUUUUAUUCCUUAAAAAAAACAAAGCGCUAGUUUUGAUGCCAUUGAAGUCUUUGAUCCUUCUGGAUGCAUUUGUAAAAUGUUUUUGUACUGAUGUGCAACAGGAGUGAGCGAAUCCGGGUUUGUCCUUUGCUGUCUUAUUGAUAAGAAGUCUGUGAAGGUCUAUGGGCAAAAAUGUAUUUUUGAAGUUCGUUCUUGAAUGUCUUUCAUUGUGCUGUUUAAAUUUUUUGUAGGGUGCGUUAUGGAAUUAUUUCAGUUACAAAAAGAAGUUUAUCUAUACUUUUUAUUAGGUCCACUGAAAGAUUAGUGAAGUGUGCCACUUUUUAAAAGAAGUUUAUUUUUUCUUAAAAUAAUCCAUUUUGAUUACUAAUCAUGGAGUUUGUCCUAUAGGACUGUGACACUUAAUUUUCCAAAGCUUUUCUAAAGAAUACGGGUCUGUGGUGAUACAGUACAAUCUCUUUCACUGUUAUGUUUGAAUUAAUGUAAAAUUUAUAUAUGUUUCACAGUAUUAACAUGAUAGCAUAGAUACUAUUUAUAUUUAUUUACUAAAGAGUGCUCAACAUAGUUCUGUUUAACAUAUCACAAACUGAAGAAUGCUUUGGAGUUUUAAAGUGGGAAGCUUAUAUGUGGACAAGAGUGAUUUGGGUCGAAUUCACCAACUGUAGCUUCUUGCAGGUUCCCUGUUCAUUUUAACGAGGCUUGUGUGGGACACCUCAUCCCGGCCUCCUUGAAAUGAAGCAAGGAGGACCGGCCCUGGUGUGUUGUCCCUUUAAAGAACAGGGAUAUGCAACUACCUUGUAUGGCAGAGGGGAGACGUGCUUGGCGUUUAUAUCAUUUUUUAAAGCUAGUGUCUUGGAAGGAUUUAGAAGAAUUCACAGGCUGUAGUUUAGACAAGAGCAUCAAAGGAAGUUUCGUAGUUCAUUCAAGCACAUAAAUUAUUUUUUUCUGUUGGAUCAUCUGAGUUACAGAAAUGGAAGGAAAGAGAUCUGUGUUUAUUUGGGGAGGGAAGUGAUGGCGUAAUACGUAAUGUGGACAAAAUGUGUUAAGUGGGAAGGGCGUUUUCUUUGGAGAAGGUGAACCCCUCAGAGGCCUGCUAAAAAUAAAAGCUUCUCUUACUGUGCGCAAGAUUCAUCCGACCAAAUAUUCAAAGCUACCGUUGCACUAAUGAGGACAACAGGAACACUACUAAAAUACUGUGGAUUGGGAAGCCUUCUUCCUCUUCCGAUCUUCUAGGAAUUAAAAAAAAAAAAAUACUAACCGCAUCCAGGC